GGAAGGCAGUCCAACUCAAGCCAACGGGUGGUGGAUGGGUGCUGCAGCAGAAAAACGGUCCAGGUCUCGGUCCAUGUCCAUUAUUCCCCCACGCCCUCUCCUCCUCCCUCCCAGGUCCGUCUCGGUCACCCCGUUAUAAAUAGAGCGGGGAUUCCCCACGCCCCCACACGCCUCCCCUCUCCAGUCUCCACUCCAGUACUCCACCGCACUCUUCACCCACCCACCUCAGCCGCCUCGGCGGAGCGGCGCCAUCGAUCCAUGGAGUUCUACGUCGACGAGAAGUGGAAGUUCUCCAAGAAGAGCCGGAACAACGGGAGCCGGCGCGUCCCGGGCGCCGGGGCCGGCGGCGGGGACCAUUUCCUCAAGCGGUCGUCCAGCAUGCGGGACGGCGUCCAGGCGAUCGGCAGGCGCGGGAGCAGCGCCGGCGCCGCGGCGGGCGGCGGGUGCGGCGCGCCGCACCCGUCCUUCUCCAGCCGGUGCGCGGGGCUCGUCAAGGAGCAGCGCGCGCGCUUCUACAUCAUGCGCCGCUGCGUCACCAUGCUCGUCUGCUGGAAGGACUGCUCGUAGCCGCCGCGGCCGGCCGGCGAAGAAGCUCGGCCCCGCUCCCUCCCCUCGUCCUCCCACCCCGCAGUUUCUCCGCCAAGAUCAGAGUGUCACGCUCACGCACGGGGGCACAAGCAAAGCGAGUGGCGCGGGGAAGAAGGCGGAUUAUUAGGUGAUGUGUGUAUAGAUCAGUCCUGAAUCCUGAUAGGGAGUCCUCCUCUUCUUCUUCUUCUUUUUUUUUUACCUCCCGUUUCUGGGAUGUUUUGUUGAUUACUAGCGCUCGAUUUGGUAGUACUCCGUAGUGAAUAGUACAGUGCUUAGUGCUGCGAUGUAGAUGUGGAAUCGUGGACAGUUUUGGGAUCUCCUCCUUCAAGGAGAUGGGGAUCUGGGUUCUUUACAGCUGCAGAUGCUUGCUGCCAAGGAGCCAUCCAUCACAGGCAGGCAGCUGAAUGAAAUCUAGUGGAUCUUCUGUUGUACCACGACCACGGUGAAAAAGAAAUGUUUUCACUGCCCAUGU